CUAGGACAGGAGGACGCGGCGGAAAGUGGGGUACGAGUCCAGGCACCUUGCUGAGGGCACCGGAAAGGUCCUAAAAAGGCGGAGAUACCUGCAGCGCCUGAGGUCGCGGCCACCAGAUAUGGAUGGUUAUAGCAGAUAUUUCAGCAAUGAAUUUUAUAACAGAUUGUGGAUUGGAUGAACUCCAUGAUGUACAGUACCCGGAGGCUUCCCUGUCAUUGCCUUCAUGGUUAUAGAACACCAGGUUUCCUUCAAGAAGAGAAAUACAGCACAGUGCCUGGUCCAGUGGCUUGAUUUGAUGUUUCUACCUGGAACAUGUGGUGUGCUCUCAGUGCCUGUGUCUAAGUCAUAUCAUUGAUCUUUCAUUUACUUUCUCUGAUCCUCACCAUCCAUCUCCAUCAAGAGCCAAGGAAGAAAAGAUCAAAGAAGACUAUGCCAGAGAGCCACGAUGACCCUGCACAGUAACAAUACAACCUCUUCCUCAUUUGUUAACAUCAGCACUUCCUGGAACCAAGGCACCUCAGGCCCAGGUCUUCCUCCUCACUACGGCAGCUACAAUGUUUCUCAAGCCUCUGAGACUUUUUCCAACAAUUCUACAAAUGAUGACCCUCUUGGUGGUCACACCAUCUGGCAAGUGGUCAUCAUUGCCUUGUUGACUGGCAUCCUAGCCUUGGUGACCAUCAUUGGCAACAUCCUGGUAAUCGUGUCAUUUAAAGUUAACAAGCAGCUAAAGACUGUCAACAACUACUUCCUCUUGAGCCUGGCUUGUGCUGAUCUGAUCAUUGGUGUUAUUUCAAUGAACCUUUUUACCACAUACAUCAUCAUGAACCGAUGGGCUUUGGGGAACUUAGCUUGUGACCUCUGGCUCUCUAUUGAUUAUGUGGCCAGCAAUGCUUCAGUCAUGAACCUUCUGGUCAUCAGCUUUGACAGGUACUUUUCCAUCACCAGGCCACUCACAUACCGAGCUAAACGAACAACCAAAAGGGCUGGUAUGAUGAUUGGCCUUGCUUGGAUCAUCUCCUUUAUCCUUUGGGCUCCUGCCAUUUUGUUCUGGCAAUACUUUGUUGGGAAACGAACUGUUCCCCCAGGGGAGUGUUCUAUCCAGUUCCUCACUGAACCCACCAUUACCUUUGGCACUGCCAUAGCUGCCUUUUAUAUGCCUGUGACAAUUAUGACUAUUUUAUACUGGAGGAUCUACAAGGAGACUGAGAAACGUACCAAAGAGCUUGCAGGACUGCAGGCCUCAGGGAGAGAGGCAGAGGCUGCCCACUUUGUUAAUCCAACAGGCAGCUCCAGGAGCUGCAGCAGCUAUGAACUACAGCAGCAAACCAUCAAACGCUCAACCAGGAGGAAGUAUGGCCGCUGCCAUUUCUGGUUCACUACAAAGAACUGGAAACCCAGUGCUGAGCAGAUGGACCAAGACCAUAGUAGCAGCGACAGCUGGAACAACAACGAUGCUGCUGCCUCUCUUGAAAACUCUGCCUCAUCUGAUGAGGAAGACAUUGGCUCAGAGACAAGAGCCAUUUACUCCAUUGUGCUCAAGCUCCCAGGUCACAGCACCAUCCUGAACUCGACCAAAUUACCCUCCUCAGAGGACCUGCAAGGAUCAGAGGAGGAGCUGCGCAAAGCUGAUUUGGAGAAGAAAACGAACAAGCUCCAAGCCCAGAAGAGCAUGGAGGAUGGAGGCAGCUUUCGGAAGAGCUUUGCCAAGCUUCCCAUUCAAUUAGAGUCAGCUGUGGAGACGACCAAGCCACCGGAGGCCAUUUCUUCUGUUGCUAAAACAACAGCAGCUCUUCCUCUUUCCUUCAAGGAAGCCACGCUGGCCAAAAGGUUUGCUCUAAAGACCAGAAGCCAGAUCACUAAACGGAAAAGGAUGUCCCUCAUCAAGGAGAAGAAAGCAGCACAGACCCUCAGUGCAAUUUUACUUGCCUUCAUCAUCACCUGGACUCCGUAUAACAUCAUGGUCCUGGUGAACACCUUUUGCAAUAGCUGCAUCCCUAAAACCUAUUGGAACCUGGGGUACUGGCUUUGUUACAUCAACAGCACCGUGAACCCCAUGUGCUAUGCACUGUGUAACAAAACUUUCAGAACCACAUUCAAGAUGUUGCUGCUGUGUCAGUGUGAUAAAAGGAAGAGACGCAAACAACAGUAUCAGCAAAGGCAGUCAGUUAUUUUUCACAAGAGGGUACCACAGGAGGCUUCAUAAAAUGAAAUAAAAAUUUUAAAACAACAGCAAGCGACCAAACACACAUGCACUUAGACCCCAUAGACCUUGAGAAAGGAAGAAGGGGAAGAUUUUUUUUCCUGGUAUUAAUAUUAGACAUUUCAAUGUCCAGAUUUGAAAGCCACUGCCUGGCUGAUGUAUCCUUUUAAUAAACCUAUUUUAAUAUAAAAAGUCAAAUGCACAUUAAGCGAAAGAAAAACAUACUACUGAAUGGUAAAACAUUAACUCGGAAGUUGUUACUUUAUCACUUUGAAUGGUUUUCCUAAAAAGGGAGGAAAA